CGGCGGCGCGGGGCGGGGCGCAGAGCGGCGCGCCGGCUGCGCGCAACCCGCACACGGCGCGCUGCCACCGAGGGAGCGGGCAGCAUGUGCCGGCCUGCGCUCGCCCGGCUGCUGCUGCUGCAGCUGCUGCUGCUCAAGCUGCACCUCGGCAAAGGCGGCGUCAAGGAGUGCGAGGAGGACCAGUUCCAGUGCCGGAACGAGCGCUGCAUCCCCGCCAUCUGGAAAUGCGACGAGGACGACGACUGCUCGGAUAACAGCGACGAGGCGGAUUGCCCAAAGAAAACUUGUGCCGAGUCAGAUUUCACUUGUGACAAUGGCCACUGCAUCCCAGCCAGGUGGAAAUGUGAUGGGGAAGAAGAAUGUCCUGAUGGGUCAGAUGAGUCAGAAGCAGCAUGCACCAAACAAGUAUGCCCAGCUGAAAAAAUUAGCUGUGGAGACUCAAGCAACAAAUGUAUCCCGUCGUCCUGGAGAUGUGAUGGGCAGAAGGACUGUGAAAGUGGCAUUGAUGAGGCUGGUUGCACUCCUGCCUGUUCUCCCAAUGAGUUCCAGUGCAGUAACAAGACGUGCAUCUCCAUCAUCUUUGUGUGCGACGGGGACAACGACUGUGGGGACGGCAGCGAUGAACGAAAAUGCUCCCCUCUGACCUGCAACCCCAACGAGUUCCAGUGCAACAACAGCAUGUGCAUCCCCGAGCUGUGGGUAUGCGACAACCAGCCGGACUGCGACGAUCAGUCGGACGAAUCCGUGGAGAAGUGCGGCUACGAUGCCAAGGCCCUCAACACCUGCGCGGCUCACGAGUUCCAGUGUGGCAACGGCGAAUGCAUCCACCUCAACUGGAAGUGCGAUGGGGACGAGGACUGCAAGGACAAGUCCGACGAGCAGGAUUGCCCUCUGGUGACCUGCCGGCCGGAUGAAUUCCAGUGUGGGGAUGGGACCUGCAUCCACGGAGCAAAGCAGUGUGACAAGGUGCACGACUGUCCUGACAACAGUGACGAGGCAGGCUGCGUCCAAGGUAUUAAUGAAUGCUCUAUGAACAACGGUGGUUGCUCACACAUAUGCAAAGACUUGAAGAUUGGUUAUGAAUGUGAAUGCCCGCCCGGAUACAAGCUUCUGGAUAAAAAAACGUGUGGAGACAUAGAUGAAUGUGAGAAUCCAGACGCUUGUAGCCAGAUCUGCAUUAAUUACAAGGGGGACUACAAGUGCGAGUGCUACGAGGGAUAUGAGAUGGACACCCUGUCCAAGAACUGCAAAGCCGUAGGCAAGAGUCCAUACCUGAUCUUCACCAACCGCCAUGAGGUCCGUAAGAUAGACCUGGUGAAAAGGGACUAUUCGCGCAUCAUUCCCAUGCUGAAAAAUGUUGUGGCACUGGAUGUGGAGGUGGCAACAAACAGAAUAUAUUGGUGUGAUUUGUUCUACCGAAAAAUCUACAGUGCCUACAUAGACAAAGCGAGCGACACAGCUGAGCAGGUGAUCCUGAUAGACAGCCAGCUGAACUCUCCUGAAGGGCUGGCAAUAGACUGGGUUCAUAAGAAUAUCUACUGGACAGACUCUGGAAACAAGACUAUCUCAGUGGCCACCGCAGAUGGAAGCAGGAGGAGGACGCUUUUUAACAGGGACCUCAGUGAGCCAAGAGCCAUUGCUGUUGACCCCACAAGGAGGUUCAUGUACUGGUCUGACUGGGGAGACAAAGCUAAGAUUGAGAAAGCAGGCCUCAAUGGCGUGGGGCGGCGAGUGCUGGUGGCUGACAACAUCGAGUGGCCAAAUGGCAUCACGCUUGAUUUGCUGAAUCAGCGUCUCUACUGGGUAGACUCCAAAUUGCAUUCACUGUCCUGCAUUGAUUUCAAUGGCAGCAACAGAAAAGUUCUGAUCUCCUCUGUUGAUGAUCUGAGCCAUCCUUUCGGCUUAGCAGUGUUUGAGGACAGAGUGUUCUGGACUGACCUGGAGAAUGAAGCAAUCUUCAGUGCAAACAGGCUGAAUGGCUUGGACAUCUCUGUUUUAGCAGAAAAUCUCAAUAAUCCUCAUGACAUCGUGGUAUUUCAUGAAUUAAAGCAGCCCAAAGCUCCAGAUUCCUGUGAGCUCAGCCCCCAGCCAAAUGGAGGCUGUGAAUAUCUGUGUCUUCCUGCACCUCAGAUUUCUCCCCAUUCUCCCAAGUACACGUGUGCCUGUCCUGACAACAUGCGGCUGGGUCCAGACAUGAAGAAAUGCUACAAAGAUCUUCCAACUACUUCAGCAACUGUACUGGUUUCUAAAACCACAGCAUCACGUACCACCACUGCUUCCACCAUGACCUCUGCUGGCAGCUCCAAUAACACCACUGAAGUCAUCCCCAGAGCUGUAUCAGAAGCUACAGUUACCACCUCAAGUUUUCAUCCAACCCCGUCCAUCCUGAUCGAUUCUGAGAUGACCACCGGAAACAGCAAUUUGUCACAACACUAUUCCAAUAAUGGUCAAGGCUUUGAUUCAACUGUGACAGCAGCUGUUGUUGGAAUUGUCAUUCCUGUUGUGGUUAUUGGCUUGCUGUGCAUGGGAGGAUACCUCAUCUGGAGAAACUGGAAACGGAAGAACACUAAAAGCAUGAAUUUUGAUAAUCCAGUAUAUAGGAAGACAACAGAAGAGGAAGAUGAGGAUGAAAUCCACAUUGGGCGGACUGCCCAAAUUGGACAUGUCUACCCAGCACGUGUAGCGUUAAGCCUAGAAGAUGAUGGGUUGCCAUGAGGAUACAGUUGCUGCUCCAAACAGAACGCACUGAACAAAUUUGCUGUGGAUCACAAAACCUGCUUCUUCUUUUUAAUUGUUAUUUAUGUUGCAGAAGGGUAACCACAAAGUUAUAAUGAACAGCAAACAUCCAAAGGAUGUGAGAGUUUUGUAUGUAUAAUCUUUUAUACACAUUUUAACUUGUUGCACUACCCAUUUGUGAUAGUCAAUAAGCAACUGCUGAGCUACUAACUCAAUGUACAUAACCAGCCAGGCUGAAGGUUCAGUAGCUAUUGCUUUAUUUUAAGACUAUAUUUAUAGAUAUUUUGUAAAUAUAUUGAAUAUGCUUUGUGGCUAUCCAUCAACAUAAGUAAAACAAAUUCUGUACAGGCAGUUUAGAAGUAUUUAUUAACAAAGUCUGGAUUAUAAGAUCUGAUCUGUAAAUAUAGUAGAGGGGUGAGAGUAUUUAUUUUUUGUAUGUUUGGCUUGCUGUGCAUAGAUUAUCUGUGUAUAUCUAUCUAGUGUAGAUAGAUAUAGGCAUAUAAAUAUAUACAUAUAUAUAAAUAUAUACAUAUAUUUUAAAACUACUACGUUUAUGAAAAUUAGGGAUAAUUGAAUUUUUACAGGAUGUUUGAAGUUUGCUUUGAAAUCUAAAGACAAAGCAAGAAACAGCUGUACUAUAAGAUAGCUGAUAAAUGAAGCACUCCCAUAACAAACAGAGCUCCUGUUUUCCAAGCUGGCUUGCAAGGGUUGCUUUUAUAUAAUUUCUAGUCUAGCCAGGCUCAUCUGCAGUGCUUUUAACUGAAGAGCUAUUGCUUAUAGCAUUUCAGUCAGGAAGAAUUCCUACAGAGCCCAGUUUUUCCAUUUUGUAUUGUUGCUUUUUACAGUUUGGUACAAAGUUGGUUCAGCAUAUUUUUACUUGUUUUCUAAACAUAAAUCUAAAUGCUUUUCCCCACUGAUCAUCUCACACCAUUCAAAUUAGUUUAGAAUUAGUAGAUUAGCCAUAUACUUUCAGAUACCUAAAAUGAGCUGUCCUAUCUAGCUCAUCAGGAAAAAGAAAAAAAAUAAAAAAAAAUAAUAAAAAAAAACACAACACACAAUAACAGUUAAUUUCUUGCCUCCUACUCUUACUGAUUAGGAGUCCAAAUUUAGAAGAGGCUGUGGGGUAGUGUCUUGACUCACCAUAUGUAGAACGUGAAUGCUUACAAGCAGCCUGCACCAUGGCAGAUCCGAUGUAACACAGAGCACUACACAAGGAGGUUAAAAAUUCACAGCUUUGUCAGUAGCUGAUUCCUGUAAUUGAAAGGUAUCUGAAGAAAUAAAACAUCACAGGAAGAAAAAGUUGUGAGCGUUCUGCUACGCUAAUAACUGCCUUUCAUUUGCUACUGUUCCCAAACUGUGUUUCUCUCUCCUGCCAGGCCUCAGUAGCACAAUGCUGUUUUACCAUCGUCUCCCAAGACAAAGGAGGCUAAAAUAUGCACUGUUUCUCCCAAGAUAAUUACAAUAAACAAUGUAGAUCAAAAUAGUUUUACAUAAUCCUGCCUGUUUCUGCAGCAAUACGGAGUCAGGAUACUCAUAUUUACCCAUUUACUGGUGCAGUUAUUUCUCUUUUUUUGGUCUCCUUCUGUUGAAGAAUGUAAUUUGUGCUUGCUUGUGAUUCCAGGAUACUGCUUUAAGGAGAAAUACAGAGCAGCAUGUCUCUCACCAUACAAGCUUCCCUUCCCUUCACAAUUGCUAUUUUUUCAGUUCCCGUAGAACAUUUAAAGUCUGUGCACUGAGAUGGAAGACCCUAGUAAGGCUUUGCAUUCAGGUUUGAAACACUUUCUAUCAAAACCGCUGCAGCUCUUUGUCAGCAAGUGCUGUUCCUCCACUUCAAAAGGCAAGUUCACGCUCUCCUGUGCUUUUUUCAGACAGCUCGUCACACCAACGGGGCAUUCUCCAAGCUGGUGAUUUUCAUCUAUUCCAUCUAGCACAGAGAGCUGGCCAUUUUCCUACCUUUGUCUUUCUCUCAUUCAGUUGUCAUGGGGUGAUGGGAUUUGGCUGGGUCAUUCAGUAGAAAACCCGAUGGUUUUCCUCAUUUCAUCCUAUGAGUUAAAAAUCCUAGAAAGUGAAUAUAUCCACCUAGCACUGCAUAUUGGAUAGCACCUCCCUGAACUGUACCAAAAGCUAGAGAAAUCUUCCUAGCAUUUUUUGCAUCAAUCACAGCUUUUGUAACUUUUGUCACACUUUUGUCAAGUGAGUAGAAGAAGCUAUUCCUGAUUAUAUUUUUUUCUUUUUUUUUCUUUUUUUUUCUUUUUGGGAAAAAAAAAAUCACAGUAUAAUCUGAGCUGGACUUUGAUUCUUGACUAAAAAAAGGGAACAAGGUGUCUAAAGCCCUAGUGUAUGUAUUACAAUACCUGCACUCAAAAUACUCACUUCAUAGCCUGUGUAUAGACAGUGUCUAAACGAUCAAGCAUCCUUCUAUUCAAAUUUUAGAUUUAAAGGCAGUAAAGAAAAUGACUGAGAAAUCCACUUACUGUUUUAAGGUAUGAAGCUCUGUUUCUGCAAAUUCAUGCACUGUGUGCAUGAUGAAAAAAGAGAAAAGGCUGUGUGUGAUAACACUGUAACUAACAGACAUAUGUAAAUAUAUUUGGAAGUUCUACAGUUUUGAUACUUUUUUAAGAACACAUACACACAAACUUGUACAAAAGGCUGCAGGUUUGGGUUUUUUUUUUUCAAACCAUUGUAAAUGAACUCAAUGUGCAGUGUUGAUUUCAACCUUUGCAGAUUUAUAACUACUGAAAAGUCAAACACCAAAUUUGUUUUUUAAGAAAUUAAUUAUUUUAAAUAACGGUUCAGAUUGUUAGGAUGAUAUUUAACAUUGUAAUCACUUCUGAUCUCUGUCUUGUCAAGUUCUGUUAGAGUAAGUUCUUGCUUGGUGCCUUUUGUGUUUCAGUUUUGCUAUGGACAAAAGGACCAGGGAGGGGCGGGGGAGGGAUCUGCUCUGUGUAACAUUUGCUGUACUUACAUAAAUAAGGAUUACUGAAAACCAAAUGAAUACAUUUGUAAAACAGUGCACUCUUUCUAUAGAAAGAUUAAAUUUUUUUUAUCUGGG